UUAUAUAGAUAUGCACAAAACUUCAAACUCGAUGUGUUUUUUGUGCAAAGACCUUUUUCUUGUGUUGUCAUCCUCCGAUUUGAGGUGGUGUUGUUUAAUACAUAACAUGUGCUGUGGAGUGAUUUAGAUAAUUCCUAGAAAAACCUUCGUUUUUUGAAAUGUCAUAUGAUGAUUUGGGCAAUUUUUCAUCUUCACUGCACCCCCAGCUUCUGUUUAAUUUUGCACAAAAGAUUCUCUCUUUUUUCCAUGAAAUAUAAGCCCGAGUAAAAGAUGCGCAAUUUUUAAUGAGCAUCAACGAAUGAAAUCAAGCACGAACGAAUCUUGCAAACCAUUGAAUUAUUCACAUUUAUCGACAUACGUUUAACAUUUUCUGAAUCUUCUUUCGCAGUUGAGCAUCGACAUCGAUUGUGAUAUGUUCAUUUUAUUUUCAUGUUAAUCAAAAAGUGAUACAAAAAACAGAAGAAAAAAACCUUGCACAGCAAAUAAAUAUAGUUGGUUAAUAAAAAGAGUUCAGAGAGUGGCAAAAUGCCGUAAUCUACAUAUAAUGAAAGUGUAAAAUUGAAAGCAUUGCAAUUCGUUCUACUUAUUGAAACAAACCGAAAGAGAAGAGCGAAUAAAAAAGAAAUCCAGCAAAUAUUCCAAAUUAGUAUACACAGUUUGCGCCGUAGAGACAGACGAUGCGAUUAAAGUCCAACAGUGAAAUUGAACUGGAAUUCAAUAGAUGUUUAUUAUAUCGAUUAUAUAUUUGAAUUUCUCUUUGACAUUAUCUUCAGUAAACGGACCCUCUCAGUGUAUACUCAGUUCACUGUCUUUGUUGGCUUUGGAUUGUCAAUAAUUUAGUGGCACAAAAGGUGGAGAGAAGAGAACCAUAAUUGUGUGAACAGUGCAUUGAAAGAGCAGAAAAAAGUAAGCAGCAGCAGCAGCAGCAGUAGUGGCAAAACCAGUGGGCGAUUCAAUAUAUGCUGUACGUUGGCAUUUUUAUGCGUAAACAGUAAAAGAGUUUCCGUUCCUUUUCCGCAUGAUAUCGCUGAAGCAAAGUGUUGAACAUAUACACACAACGCAAAUACGAACAAAUUAAAUUGUUCGCAUAAAUGCGAUAAUGUGAGAGGGAAAAAAAGCGAGAAAAGAAGUGAAGAACAUAUUGAACAUGAAUGAAUGGAAUUUAAGUCAAGUAUAAAAGAGAAUGUUGCCGUGAAUGCGCCUAUAGGCUCAAGUCAAUUAUUUUCGUUUGUGUGCUAGGCAAACAAACCAAUCGAACCAUAUUUUUUAAUUGAAUUACAUUGACCAAUAAAAAAUAAUAGAGUGCCGCACCAAAACAACUGCACUGCGACCUCUUUCGUUAUGACAAAACGAUAUAUAAGCGUGUAUUCGUAGAAAAUAUUGGUAAGGAAUAUUAAAAUAUCACCUUCGUCAUUAUCAUCAUCAUCAUCGUCGUCGUUGCCAAGGUGAACAAAAAUGAAAAUGAUUGACCAGAAAUCAUCGUCGUUGCCAAAGGAACGAGAUUCAGCACCACAAGCAAUGGUCAAUUUAAAAAUGACAAUGAGCUCAAGUUUUACGCAUUUAUCAAUGGACACCGAUGAAUUUUCGGUGAACGGCGAUGAACGACCGACACCAGCCACCACAGCAACUCAAUCAACGGCCACAUAUUCAUUUGCACUUUACGACGCCCUGAUUGAUAUUUGCCAAAAUAACAUAAAAUACUUUGAAUGUGAUGAUAGUGAAACAGGUCAAAGGUUUUUAUGUGCGUUUCGUGGCAUUAUCGAUCAUAUUGCAAUCGCUCGACAAUUUGUUACAAAGAUAACUACGUUCGUGCAUGAAUACGAUUUCGAUGAAGUGACACCGGCCAAUGGAUAUCGCAGCUUUGUUAAAACAAUUUCAGCAUGCAUAAAUCACAAUUUCAAAGUUGCCAAAUAUAUAGCACAGAAUCGUAGCUAUUUACUAUUUCGCAAAAAUAUGUACAUGAAGGAAAUCGAAGCGUGUAGCCAUUUAUUAGCCAGUUUAUGCAGUUGCCUCGAACAAAUAAUGAUAAUACGAACGAACAGUGAAUUUGGUUCGUUGUUUCCGCUUGGAGAUCAUAAAGCGAUUGGCCUUUUCAACACGAGCGCUUGUGUGAAUCAGUAUUCCUUUUAUGGACGAUGUAUCGGUUUUCAUUACUGUGAAUCGAUGCAAUCUGUGAUGAAGUUUUUGGGCAUUUGUCUGGCCGGAUUUUCCGAAAUUUUUUACAACAAUAAUGGAAAUCGAAUAAUGAAAGCGACCAGUUCGAUGUAUACAGGGGGUAAAUACUAUUGGAAUCCAGAGCUAAGAGCUCGACGAAUUGUGAAUUUGUCACAAUAUGCUGGUAUUGAUUUUUGCAAAGCAUUUUGGUCGCUCACCGAAGGUGAAUUGAUGUAUGCAUUGCCCAAUGUAUUUGGAGUUAAAGUAAAAGUCAAUCGAUUGAUAACCAUACCACCCGAACCACUUGAGCUGCAAAGUGUGGCAAAUCCAAAAGUGAUGGUAGAAAUUCCAGUUCCAUCAAGUCAUUUGGGAGUGGGUUCAGUAACCGCGCGACUUUUGUCCAGUGUUCGUCGUGACGGUAUGAUUGGCGAACGGAAUAAGAAACACAUGCAUCCACCAUCAAAAUCGCUGAUAUUCCAUUGUCACGGAGGUGGCUUUGUGGCCCAGAGUUCAAAAUCUCAUGAAGUUUAUUUGAGAGAAUGGGCUGCUCGAUUACAUGCCCCAAUUUUAUCAAUUGACUACAGUUUGGCGCCACAAGCACCAUAUCCACGAGCAUUAGAAGAAGUUUUCUAUGCAUAUUGCUGGGCAAUCAAGAAUGCAAAAGUACUGGGAACCACUGCCGAAAAAAUAGUGGUGGUUGGUGAUAGUGCUGGUGCCAAUUUAAACAUGGCACUCACUUUGAAAUGUAUCGAUAAAAAAAUACGCAAACCUGAUGGCGUUUUCUUAAUUUACUGUCCGAUGAAAAUGGGCUUCGAUCCGAGUCCAGCGCGGUUUUUAUGUUUAAUGGACGUUUUGCUGCCGUUUGGAUUCUUAAUGGGUUGCCUGAAGGCAUACGUUCAUCCGGGGAAGGAUCAAUUUUUGACAGACAAAAGGCAAGCAGAUAAAUCAAAUGAAAAAGACGACAAAAAAGACAUGCUCAAUGAUACAUCUGUGUCAACAACAUCAGCUGUGAUUGUACUAAUGUCAGAUGCCGAAGAAUCCGACAUGCCGACAUUUGUCCAUUUAGGAUCAGAAAGUCAAGAUAAUGAACAUGCAAAUGAUAAACAAACCGAUACUUCGAUAUCAAUUGACGGCGGUUCAAUGUGGGAACACAUUGAACAUGAUCCAAAUUAUGAAGAAAAUAAUAAGAGUCCGAUGAGCGAUGGAACCAGCGACACUUUUGCCAGUGCAUCGUUGCAAAAUAGUCAAACGGAUGGAAACAGCAAUACCGAAAUGAUGACACCCGAUGAAAGUAAUGGAAUUUCAUUUGAAGAAGAUUCACAACCGUUGACACAGCAUAAACCGACCGCUGGCUUACAAAAUGGUGCAUUUGAAAUUUGUAAUAUCGAUGAAAAUGUGAAUGUGGCAUGCGAACGACGACGAAAUUCCACAUCAUCAUCGCUUCUUGAAAUGGAUUCAACGGAACCACCGAACAAUGAACCAAAGAACUUUGUAGACGAUUUUGUGGAAAAAUACGGCAAAGAAGACUUGACAAAAGCGACAGCGUCACGAACACAAUCAGAAGAUAAUGUUUUAUUUGAAGAAGGACGAGAGGCACUAAAUAUGCAAAAUAUUCCAACGAAAAUUUAUAAAGCAGUUGAAACGGCAGCGAAUUCCGUUGCAAGCACUUUCAAUGCGAUCACAUCGCCAACCAUCAUUAGAAAUGGAAUUACCAACGCCAAUGGAUUGGGAUUCACAAGAAGCCGAUUAAAUUCGCUCGUCGAACGCAAUCCUGCUGACGACUAUCUAUUCGAAGUUCCACACGAUCCAUUUUUAUCGCCGUGGGAUGCUAGCGACGAAAUGCUUCUGCAAUUGCCGUCCGUAAAAAUUUUGACCGUCGAUAUGGAUCCAUGUUUAGAUGAUUGCAUAAUGAUGGCAAAAAGAUUAAAAGCACUUGGCAUUCCAAUUGGAUUGGAUGUAUUGCCGGGAUUACCCCACGGAUUUUUGUCGUUUGUCAAGCUUUCCAAAGAGGCAUACGAAGGGAAUCGGGUGUGUAUUUUACGGUUGGCUGAACUUUUAGAAACGACAGUUGAUCCAAAAUGUUGAAUCCAACGUUAAACACUAACUGUGAAACUUUCAUUAAGAAAAAUAAUUUCUAUGCUGGUUGCAUUGCGAAGAAAAUAGUGCUAAUAAUCUCGUUUACAUAAUAAAACGAAUAAGAAUGAUUGGACUGGAA